AGUGGGCGGGACAUCCUCCAGAAAGCAAUAGUUCUUUGGUGUCAGUCAGUAGCUUAACAAUUAUUGUCUUAGCUUCAGAACUUGUGUGUGUUAGCCUGGCAAAGUUGCUGGAGUUAAUAAACUAUAUAGAUUAAUUUGCCUACAACGUACAGUUCUGUUAUGGAACUGGACAAAAUGGACGAGAACGACUGGAAAUACCACGGAGAGGGCAACAAAAGCCUAGUGGUUUCUAAUGUCCAGCACGCCAGAGUCCUUCGGCUCCUGAAGUAUUCUACAGAAGAUGCCGAAAACUCGCAUAAGACAACAGAACAAGCUUUUCGCCACAUACAGAACAUAGUUGACUAUAGUCAAAAUGUCAUGAAGCCACUGCUGGGGGAGAAAUUUGUCCACAACGGAGAGGCUGUGAAGCUCCCCCUGGACUUUGUCCGACAGCUGUCAUUGAAGGUUCAGCAGGAAAGGCCAGAAUCUCGCUGUGACAAAGUGAUGGAUACGUUUAGUGGAUGUGCCUUAUGUCUGCCUAACCUCACCCAGCUCUCCUCCUGCUGCUGCUGCAGAGAACACAGACCUCCUCUCUGUAUAGAGAUUAAGCCCAAAUGUGGAUUUCUGCCGUCCUCUAGACACGUUACGAAAGAAAUCAAGAACCAGGUGUGCCGCUUCUGCAUGCAUCAACAUUUUAAGUUGGCCCAUGGGAAGUGGAAACGGCUGAGCCGGUACUGUCCCUUGGACCUGUUCUCAGGGAACAAACAGAGAAUGUCCCUAGCCAUCAAGCACUUGAUAGAGGAACCUCAAAACAACUUUAAAAUCUUCAAGGGUGGAGAGUGUAUCUACAGCUGUAAGGAUGAUGCCGACGUGUUGCAGGACCUGGAUGAAUUGGCUCAGCAUCUACGGCCAUACUUCCUCCCUAGUGGCAGCCUUAUGAACGGACACCAGUCCAGUAAGGUGGUUCUGAAUGAGUUGAUCCAGGUGAUGGUGAGUGCCCUGUUGAGCUCCUGGGACCCCAGGAAGACUCACCUGUCUGAGGGCAGAGUGAGGUGUGAGACCAGCCUCCUGCACCGGGACCUGCUACGCAACACUAACCACGGCCUACCCAAAGAUUGCGUCCUGGACAAAAUUCUGGGGACUCAGAUGUUGGAUAAUUUAGACAUCGAGGGGUUAAACCCCCUGUUUAAACGAGUGGAGCGGCAUCUACAGGACUUUCCUAAAGAGAGAAGUAGCCUUCAGAUUGACGGACCGUACAGCCACAGCUUCCUGGAGAAGAUCCAGAAGUGUCCGACUGAAGACGACGGCUCUAUCGAGUACGCUGUCGGAAAGGUCCACCAGUACAGAGUUGCCAUGACAGCCAAGGACUGCUCUAUCAUGAUCACCAUAGCAACCUGUGGGGAGGAGGACGGGUUGGACCAGAGCCUGGAGAUCCAGCCAUCGAAGCCUCGCUUCACCUACUCCGUGUCCAUCCUAGACCUGGACCCUAAACCCUACGAGAGCAUCCCUCACCAGAGCAGACUGGACUCCAAGAUAGUCAACCACUACCUGAGGAGCACCCUGCCCAACAACCAGGAACUAGCCAAUCAGAGUGUCUUCCUGGGCUGGGACAGAGAAGGAGAGGACUGUACUCUGGUGUUCCAUCCUGUAUAACCACUCCUUCUGCUGUCUGGCCUUCCCGCUUGGUGUUACCUACACUCUCCCUCCCCCGUACCCUAACCCCUCCCUCCCCCGUACCCUAACCCCCUCCCUCCCUCCCCCGUACCCUAACCCCCUCCUACUAUCCCCAGACUGAACGCUGCUGUGGAACUGAUAGAGCAAAAUUGAAUGAACUGAACUGGGAAAAAUCCUUUAAAAAAAAAAGAAAAAGAUUUGCCAUAUUAUAUAACCUGAGUUUAGGAAACGGAGUGCUGUGUCCCUAAUGGCUCCCUAUGGGCCUUGGUCAAAGGUAGUGCACUAUAUAGGUAACAGGGUGCCAUUUGGGGAGCUAUGGUGGCACAUAUAACCCCGGGGUCUUCUGAAGCGCAUACCAGGAAGUGACGUCUUAUGGUGCGAGGCUCUGAGAGACCAGGGAUACAAUCAAGAGUUUCUUUGGAUUCCCAGGCUCCUCUCCCCCAGCAUCCAUCUCGUCUCCCCCAGCAUCCCCAGCCUCCAUCUCGUCUCCCCCAGCAUCCCCAGCCUCCAUCUCGUCUCCCCCAGCCUCCAUCUCGUCUCCCCCAGCAUCCCCAGCCUCCAUCUCUCAUCCCCAGCCUCCAUCUCCUCUCCCCCAGCAUCCAUCUCGUCUCCCCCAGCAUCCCCAGCCUCCAUCUCGUCUCCCCCAGCAUCCCCAGCCUCCAUCUCGUCUCCCCCAGCCUCCAUCUCGUCUCCCCCAGCAUCCCCAGCCUCCAUCUCUCAUCCCCAGCCUCCAUCUCCUCUCCCCAGCCUCCAUCUCGUCUCCCCCAGCCUCCAUCUCCUCUCCCCCAGCCUCCAUCUCAACACGUCAGAGGGAAGGGAGAACGAGAGCAUUUCAGUAGAUCUAACUACCUAGGAACUUUCUUCCCCAAUGCUCUCCUCCUCACGGCCCUCUGAAAACGUUGAGGUCGCAGGUCAAUGAGGAAAGACUUCAUGCGCCCCCCCAGGGGGGUACAACGGAGACCGUGAGGGACUAAAAGUGUUGACUCUACGCUUGCUUGUGGUGUGUUUUCAGUAUAUUGACCAGCGGAGUGAUGGCUGGAACAGAAACGGUUCCCUAUGUAGCACUAAUCAGAGAACAGGAUGCCAUUUUACCCAGCCUCUCCUCCAGUGAGGGGGGGGGGAAUAGUACCUAAAGGGUGUCUAAUCCAAUGAGAGGGGCCGAAACCUAAAAUGUCUGACUUGAAUAUCUGUCGUGUUGGGACUUGCCCUGUUGAUUAAGUGGAAAACCCAUUUCAUGCAAGUUGUCAGGGACCCCCGGCCGUUCCGUGUGUUUGAUAUAUUGCAGAGCUGGCACACCCCAGUCAACUCUGGGGGUCCCUGAGGAGAGGUUUAAACCCCCUGCUGUAGGGAGUCCCUGAGGAGAGGUUUAAACCCCCUGCUGUAGGGAGGUCCUGAGGAGAGGUUUAAACCCACUGCUGUAGGGAGUCGGAAGACCCAGUAACAUGGAAACAUAGUGAAGCAAACCACUGAUCUGAAUAACAAUUUAUGACUGUAUUAACCAACACUGUGUGUCCCAAAUGGCACCCUAUUCCCUAUAUAGUACACUUAUUUUGACAAGAGCCCUAUUCUCUAUAUAGUGCACUACUUUAGACCAGAGCCCCUCCCCUCCACAGGGCGGUGCACAAUUGGCCGUCGUUGUAAAAUAAGAAAUUGUUCUUAACUGACUUACCUGGUUAAAUUAAAUAGGACUCUGGUGAUGAAAAGGAGAGGCUUUUAUGUCGGGAAUUGGGUGCCAUUUUAGACUCAAACUAAAUCACACGCACUGAGAGAGAGACCUAAGAUAACACUUGUGUGUACAGUAUAAACUAAUUACAUUGGACGUUGCUAUUUAGCAUUUUUGUAUUUAAAAUCUUUUUAUUUUUCUAGAUCUUCAACUAAUGCUAUAUUGACAUACAUACAGAUGGCAUUAACAGAUAUUUAUAAAUGUUUAAGAGUAAAGAAUUGUUUAUAUUUAAUAAACUGAUGACAGAGAA